ACGGUCUUUUUUUUCAAUAGUUUUAUUCAUUUCAAACGGGCCGGAUCCAGCCCGCGGGCCGUAGUUUGCCCACUGCUGGUCUAGGGGAUGGAGGGCCUGCCUUCCCACUCCUCAAGGUCCCUCUGGGCAAGGGGACAGCUAUGCUGCGGGAGAUGCAGAAAACAGGUCCUAGUUUCCAUUUAGGGCAAUCACUGCUCCAUCCUUCCUCCAGAAGGAUUCCAUGAGGGGCAGGAACAGGGAAGGCAAAUAAUCCCAAGUCCUGGUUGUCCUAGAGCCUUUGGAUCUUCCUUGACCCCAACCUGCCUAAGGCAGAUUAAAACCCUGAGCUAGUAUCUCCCCAACUGAACUUGGCUUCCUUUUCCCAGUUGGUCCAGGCACAAUGCCCAGCGUAUUUAAGACAAUCACAAGAGCUGUGGUCCAGGAGUUGGAUGCUGGAGGCGAUAUGAUUGAAGUCAGAAGCGUCCUUGAUGCUGACAAGUUUCAUUGUUUCUGUCUGGUGAUGGGGAUGAAUACACGCCUUUACUACAGAACAGCCCUCACGCUGGAGGGCAUACUGGAGAGUGACGAGGGUGAAGGGCAGUGUGAUGAGCUGGAUUCUGGGCUUCCCGGUCAUUAUGAGCUCUUCUUGGGGUUUUCUGGAUUUGAGAAGCCCCAGGGUUUAAAGGCUGCGUUCCAAGCUGUGGAUGUGGUAGACUCAACAGGGGAGUCGACAGUGAAAUUGCCCAGGGGAAUUAGUCGAAGGGGCCUUCCAAGAGUCCCACAAGCAGUUGGGUUCUUCACUGCUGCCUCUAGAGGAAAGUCUUUGAACUUGGAGGAUUUAAGAAACAUGAAGGAGAAGGUGCAGGACACAGUGAGUGGUCUCCGGGAUCUGACUGAAGAGGAGCGAGAAGAUGUGCUAAGCUACCUCACUCAGUGCCUCACCACAGACGAGGAGCUGAAGGAUCUAGAUGAAAAAGUGUCUAAAGUCCUGACCUCCGAUGAGCUGUAGAUGGAGGGCCCAGCAGGUCCUCUCCUGAGUAGCCUUUUUAAUGCUGCUGGCAUCUUGGUUGAGGCACGCGUAGAAGCCACUCUGGAGUUCCUGGAAGCCUUGAAGGAGCUGUCUGAGGAGAAGGAGCUUAUGGCUGAGACCCUAAAGAAGGGGACCCUGCCCCUGAUGAAGGACCGGGUGGAGUCUGUCCUGGAGCAGAGCUGGGGUGAGCAGCCCUGUGAUGUGGGCUGUGCCCUUGAGACGCUCUAUGCCCUCUCUGUUGCUGUCUCCAUCCUGCUGCAGCUGAGAAGCCUGCCUCUGUGCCUUCCUGUUAGCUCUUUGUUUUUUUCAAUCCUUACCCGAGAAUAUUUUUUCCAUUACUUUCUAGAGAGAGUGGAAGGGAGGGAGUAGGUGAGGAGAGAGAGAGAAACAUCAACGUGAGAGACACAUUGAUUGAUUGCCUCCCGCAUGUGCCCCUAAGGGGACUGGGGAACCUGCAACCAAGGUAUAUGCCCUUGAUCAGGAAUCGAACCCGAGACCCUUUGGUCUGCAGGCUGAUGCUGUAACCAUUGAGUGAACUUAGCUUUUUAACCAUUCUCCCCACACACCUCUGGGUGCUCCCCUCCCAGUCCAUCCUCACCCCCACACCUUCCCCAAGUCACCAGAAUGAGGUCUUUAGAACAAGCACCUGGCUCUUCUUCGAUACAUCCCAUUCCCCACAUGAUAAUGUACAAAACCAGACUGGAUUGUAUGCAUAGAAUUCUGAUUAAAAGUGGAAGAUUGAUCAUAUUUAUUUCCUCUCCUUCUUGAAACUUCACUUAACGACAGUAAA